AGUAAAUAAUGGUAGACUACUACUAUACAAUGGAAUGUCCAAUGAGAUUAGAGUCUUGAGAGAGAGAGAGAGAGAGAGUAAAGACGAUUUCAACCUCCCUCCGUCGUCGCCGUCCUUGGACCGUACUUACCGCAACUUCUCAUCUCCUCGUGAAAGCCGAGAGCUUUUUCUCUUUACAGGGUUGUUGUAAGAUUUCAUGCAAAUGGACUUUGAAGAAGAAGAAGAAGCUCACAAGUUCACUCCCGACAACUAUCUUGUCGUGGAGCAGGUUAGAAGAGGCAAGUCUACUUCCGAUUUCGUGGUUCUUCACAGAAUCGAUGACAAAAAGUAUGCAAUGAAGAAGGUUUCCCUGGCUAAACACACUGAGAAGUUAAAGCAAAUCGCUUGCCAAGAGUUGAAAUCUCUCUCAAAAUUAAACAAUCCUUAUAUCGUUGAAUAUGAAGAUUCUUGGAUUGAUGAGGACAAUAACGCCUGCAUUUUUACUGCUUACUGUGAGGGAGGGAACAUGGCUAAUGCUAUCAAGAAAGCCAGAGGAAAGUUAUUUCCAGAGGAGAGGAUCUUUAAAUGGUUGGCACAAUUGUUACUGGCAGUUAACUAUUUGCAUUCAAACCGUGUACUUCACAUGGACCUUACGUGCUCAAACAUCUUCCUUCCAAAACAUGAUCACGUCCAGCUUGACAACUAUGGUUUGGCGAAACUAAUCAAUCCAGAAAAGCCUGCUUCCUUGGUUCCGGGAAUUGCUAACAGCAUGUGUCCUGAGGUUUUAGAAGAUGAACCAUAUGGAUAUAAAUCUGACAUAUGGUCGCUAGGUUGCUGUAUGUAUGAAAUUACAUCACACCAGCCUGCGUUUAAAGCUCCGGAUAAGGCUGGACUCAUCAACAAGAUAAACAGAUCUCUGAUGUCUCCUCUUCCCAUUGUCUACUCCUCUACCUUGAAGCAGAUGAUAAAGCUUAUGCUUAGGAAGAAGCCUGAACAUCGGCCAACAGCCUGCGAGUUGCUAAGGAACCCUUGUCUACAACCAUACCUCCUUAAAUGUCAAAACCUGUCUCCUAUGUAUCUUCCUGUUUUCCCUAUCAACAGCCCCAAGGACAAGGCAAGAAGAAGUUCACUGCCAGGCAAGUUUGUGAAGGAGAGAGAAGAGAGGGAGAAGAGCGAGGUGUCUCGCAGCUUGGAGAACCUAUAUCCCUUUUGGACUAAAGCUGAGACUGGUUCUAGCAGCUCAUCACAACCAGCAUCAUCCACGAAUGAAACAGAUGACAAGCCUGAAACAAAAAGAAUCGAUCCAAGCUGCGAUGCAUUGAAGGUUUCUGAGCCUACUACAGAGAAGCAGAAGGAAGAGAAUGAUGUGCCAAAAGAAUGGGAAAAUAUGAUCUCCUCGGAAACUCAGUUACUUGAUGUUGAUGUGGAGAUUGUGAGUGCACAAGAAGGUUUAUGUUUCAUUCAAGAAGCUGAGGCGAUUCCGGAAGCAAAUGAUCAGAGAAAGGUGGCUGAAGUUGUAGCAGAAAGUGAGUGUGUGGUGGAGGAAGCAAAUGAUCAGAGAAAGCUGUCUGAAGUUGUAGUAGAAAGUGAGUGUGAGGUGGAGGAAGCAAAGACGGUGAAGCUAACAGCGAGUGAGAUGUCUUCUGUGCUGAGUAAGCUCACGAAUCUAGGUCCACCACAGAGCAAAGAAAGAGCAGAUGCAUUGGAGUGUUUGUUGGAGAAAUGUGCAGGGCUUGUGAAGCAGGAGAAGUAUGAAGAACUUGCUGGUUUGCUUACACCGUUUGGUGAAGACGGUGUUUCGGCUAGGGACACUGCUAUUUGGUUUGCAAAGACGCUCUUGUCUUCUGAUAAACUCAACCAAGGAACCUGAUUUUGAGCUUUGAGUUUGAGAAAAACCCAUUUUCUUUAUUUGUCAAAUAUGUAGAAAUCUAUUUUUUUUUUUUUUGAAACUCAUUGAUUUUCCGAUUUAGUUUGUGAACACACUGCUUUUCUAUGUAAUAUCUACUGCAACUAAGUUAUAAAUAUUUGAAUGUGAGCUAGUUUUCUCUUA